CUCCCACCUUCCCCCCCCCCUCACGAGAAAGCGCAUCCCGGCCGCGCGCGCCUCCUUAUAACAUCUCGUUCAUCGACCGCCAUGGCCCGUCGACCGAGCCCGUCGGAUCCACGCAACAGAGAGGCCGAAUUAGUCGACUAGGCUGCUGUUCUAGGGUUCACAUCACUUGAUCAAUCCCGGCGUUCCCCACAUUGGUCAAUGGGGUCCAAGGAGAAGGGGAAGCGCGGGGAAGGAGGGGCGUCCCCGAGGGCGAGGAAGGGGGAGUUCCCCAUCCGGGCGGAGGAUUACGAGCUGAUGGAGCCAAUUGGCGACGGUGCCACGGCCGUCGUGCGCCGCGCCCGGUGCCUCCCGCUCGGCGGCGAGGUCGUCGCCGUCAAGAUUAUGAACCUCUCCCUCCGCUCCGAAGCCGACGUCAACAACGCCUCCGAAGAGGUCAAGACCAUGAUCCUGACGGAUCACCCCAACCUCCUCAGCGCCUACUGCUCCUUCACCCAAGACGAGAACCUGUGGAUCGUCAUGCCCUACAUGGCCGGGGGCUCCUGCUUCCACCUCAUGAAAUCCUCCUUCCCCAAAGGGUUCGAGGAGGAGAGGUUCAUAGCCUUCGUGCUCCGCGAGACGCUGAGGGGCCUCGAGUACCUGCACGGCAAAGGCCACAUACACCGGGACGUCAAGGCUGGAAACAUACUGCUUGAUCAGCACAAAGGGGUGAAGCUUGCAGAUUUCGGAAUUAGCGCCAGCGUUUACGACUCAAUGAUCAACAGGAACGGCAAAAGGCACACGCUUGUUGGCACGCCUUGCUGGAUGGCACCUGAAGUGAUGGAGCAAAAGGAAUACGACUUCAAGGCAGACAUUUGGUCUUUUGGAAUAACUGCACUAGAACUAGCUAAUGGCCACGCUCCUUUCUCUAGCCAACCUCCAGCAAAGGUCUUUCUGAUGACGUUACAACAUGCUCCUCCAUCUCUUCACAACACAAAGGACAAGAAGUUUUCAAAUUCAUUUAAGCGAAUGAUUGGUGCAUGUUUGAUAAAAGAUCCAUCCAAGAGGCCAACUGCGCAAAUGUUACUACAACUUCCGUUCUUCAAAAAAGUGAAGUCUGAGGAUAAUCACGUAAGAUGCAUGCUAAAUAAAGUGCCAUCUUUGGUUGCUAGGGUGCAAACUAUAAAGGAGAAUGAAGCAAAGUUGCAAGCAGAGAAGAAACCACACGAUAAAAUCAAAGAGAAGACAUCACAUGACGAAUAUUGGAGAGGUAUUAGUCAGUGGCACUUUGAUAUCGAGGACUUAAAAGCACAAGCUAAAUUGUACUCAGAAGAGAAUGAUAGUGACGAAGAGGAGUACUUGCGUUUCCUAUUUGAACUUGAUACCGUGGAUGAAAUUGUUCCGAUUCAAGAUGUGCAUCCACAAAAUCAUGCUAGUGAUGAUAAGAAGAUUGUAGGUACUGAAAUAGUAGAAACGCCAAGCUCAACAACUCCAAUAUCGCCACCUCAAAGUGGAAAACAACUUGAGAAUGGACCCCCUAAUGGCCUUUUGCGCCAUGAGUCAUUUGAACGACAUUCAAAAGUACCUACCAAGCAACUUUCAAGAGCAGUUUCCAAUGUUACGUGUACGGAUGAAUAUCUAGAAAAAACGGCCAUUCAAAAGGGUCGCUUUAAAGUAACAAUGGAAGAAACGGAAGCAUCUACCCGCAGGGAGAAGGAACUACUCGAACGUAUUGCAUGUUUAGAGAGGAUGCUCCAGGUUACCCAAGAUGAGGUUGUGAGGCUUAAAGAAAAGGAUGCAAAAGGGUAAUUACAUUGCUCUUCAUGUUUUCUGGCAGAGGCUAAAGGAGCAGGGCCAUGCGUCCAACAAAAUAGCAAAGUACAAGGGCUAUAGUUACUUAAGAUGGUGCUUUUCAUAGCUAGGGAAGAGUUGCAAAUUUGUGUAGAUCUUAUUGUCAUAAGAAUCUGGCAUAUGGUGCCACUUUCUUAAAGUUCUUCUCAGUAGAGUAGCAUUAGCUUCAUUUAGUUCAGAAAUAGGUUGUGCUUCUAGAAGAGAUCCAGUGUGAUAGUUUACAAAUCAAUGGUGUGAUGUAUUUACACUUACAAACUUGAAGCGCGAGGAUUUUCCUAGUAAUUUAGUA